AUGAGCAAGAGAUAUCAAGUGAACGAGCUUUCCACAGCCUGGGAUUCCCAGGCAAACAGGCUGUAUCAGGCAGCGCUUGAGCAGUAUGGCAAAUCCGUUGCUUGUUUCCGAUCGCAGCUGGGGGCGAAUCUGGAGAGCAAUCCACGGUCGCUGGAGAUUGCCCCCGCGUGUUGCGUGCUUCUCGUCAUGUUCGAGUUCAUGCAAGGCAACGCGGAUGGCCUGCUCUUACAUCUUAGGAACGCUACUAAACUUGCAGCUAGUGUUAGCACAAGUCCACAGACACAGUCUUUUGUCUAUCUGCUGACGCUGAUAGACAUGGUCGCGGCGACGUGGCUCAACCUGGACCGGUCCUAUUCCGACGCUUCACUACACCUCCCAAAGCUAGACACAAGUCAGAUGCCUUUACCUUGUCCUUCUAACCUGGAGACACUUUGCUACGACCUUACCAACAUAAAGAAUGAUGUUAUGACAUGGCGUCAUGCCGUGGCAUCCGCACACAGAGAUACAACCGUCGACUUGGACAGCUUCACAACAGUCAGAUCGCAGAACAUCCAGUCUCGGCUGGAUGCUUGGUACCAGGAAUUUAUCACUGUUCCCUCGAAUGAGGAAGACAUCGCCACGCCCCGCCGUUCCCUACUCCGAGCAAAUUAUCUUCAUACCAUGCUCGUAGUUGAUGCGGUCCACCACCAGCAAUUGUCAGCACAGCCCAUCCGAGCUGAUUCUGCUAACGGCCAAGACCUGUCGCAGCUCAAAUCCUUCUACGAGAUUAUCGAGCUAGCUGAAGCGGUCCUUGAAGCGGGCUACUGCUUUAGCCGGUACGAUGCCAGCGCUGGAGAAGAGUCGCUUGAGGCCACUGGCCUGCUGCCUCUCUUUUCGUUUCGCCACAGCUUUAUCCAACCGUUAUUCUACGUCGCACAAUAUGCUCCCUCUAUGUUUCUACGCCAAAGAGCUAUCCAACUUCUUCUUGGAAAGCCCUGGCGCGAAGGGGCAUGGGACUCCUUUAUCAUGGGCUCUAUUGCCAAGCGUUCACUAGACGCCUCUAUUCUAGCGUAA